GUUCCCGCAGCAACAGGGAAGAUGGCAGCUCUCACGACCCUCACUCAGCUGUCGAGUGGGAACCCAAUGUACGAAAAUUUUUACAGACAGGUGGAUCCAGGGAACACAGGGAGAGUAGGACCUACGGAAGCUGCCCUUUUCCUGAAGAAAUCUGGCCUUCCAGACAUCACUCUGGGAAAGAUCUGGGACUUGGCUGAUCCAGAUGGGAAAGGCUUCUUAGAUAAACAGGGCUUUUAUGUAGCUCUGCGACUAGUCGCCUGUGCUCAGAAUGGGCAGGAAGUUAGUAUGGCCAGCCUUACCCUAUCUGUCCCUCCACCCAAAUUUAAGGACUCCAGCAGCCCAUCAUUAAGCUCUGUGUCCUCAAUUGACUCACACUGGGCAGUAAGGCCUGAGGAGAAGAGUAAAUUUGAUGGGAUUUUCGAGAGCCUGGCCCCAGUGAACGGAUUACUGUCCGGAGAAAAAGUCAAACCAGUGAUGAUCAACUCCAAACUGCCGGUGGACGUACUGGGAAAGGUUUGGGAUCUAAGUGACAUUGACAAGGAUGGCCACCUGGACAAGGAUGAGUUUGCAGUGGCCAUGCACCUGGUUUAUCGUGCCCUAGAGAAAGAACCUGUUCCCUCUGUCCUGCCUUCCUCUCUCAUCCCUCCAUCCAAAAGGAAGAAGUCGGUGGGCUCUCUGCCUGGCAUGGUGCCAGUGCUGCCUGCCAGUCCUCCGCCCCCCAAAGACAGCCUGAGAUCCACCCCCUCCCACGGCAGCAUCACCUCCCUCAACAGCGCAGGCAGUCUGUCCCCCAAACACACGCUCAAAUCAGCCCAGCACACAGUGAACUGGGUGGUCCCGGUGGCAGAUAGGGGGCGCUAUGACGACAUUUUCCUGAAGACGGACACAGAUUUGGACGGCUUCGUCAGCGGACUGGAAGUGAAGGACAUUUUUAUGCAGUCCGGGCUUCCACAGAACAUUCUGGCACACAUAUGGGCUUUGGCAGACACGAGACAGAUGGGUAAACUGACCCGGGAACAGUUUUCUCUGGCCAUGCAUAUGAUCCAACAGAAAGUCAGCAAAGGAAUCGACCCCCCCCAGGCACUCACGCCAGAGAUGAUCCCCCCCUCAGAGAGAGGAACGCCUGUAACUGACAGCUCAAGCUCGGUGGGAUCGGGAGAAUUUACCGGAAUCAAGGAACUGGAUGACAUCAGUCAGGAGAUCGCUCAGCUGCAGAGGGAGAAGUAUACACUGGAGCAGGACAUUAGAGAGACAGAGGAGGCUAUCAGACAUAAGACCACUGAAGUUCAGGAGAUGCAGAAUGACUUGGACAGAGAGACGGGGAGUCUUCAGGAGCUGGAGGCACAGCGUCAGGAUGCACAGGAGAGACUGGAGGAGAUGGACCAGCAGAAAGCCAAACUGGAGGAUAUGCUCAACGAUGUCCGACAGAAAUGCCAGGAAGAAUCUCAAAUGAUCUCCUCUCUGCAGACACAGAUACACUCUCAGGAGUCAGACCUACAGUCUCAGGAGGAGGAGUUGGAGCGGGCCAAAGCGGACCUGGCCCGUCUUCAGCAGGAGGAGAACCAGUUAGAGCAAAGCCUGCAGGCCGGCAAGAUCCAACUGGAGACCAUCAUCAAGUCUCUCAAAGCCACUCAGGAUGAGAUCAACCAGGCCCGCAGUAAGCUGUGUCAGAUCCAGGACUGUCAGCAGGAGUUGAGUAAGAGCAUUGACCAGUACAACAGCACCCUGAACGGCACUCACAGCGGCAGCCUCACCAACCUCGCCGACAUGAGUGAGGGAUUCCCUGAGAAAGAGAACGGAGGAUUUGGAGCGAUGGAGGAUCCGUUUAAGGGGAAGACGUGUGUGUUCAGUGGGACGGCACAGGAGAUGCACACCGACCCGUUUCACUCGGAGGAUCCCUUCAAAACGGACCCUUUCAAAGGUGCUUAUCCACUCUCUGUAGAUCCGUUUGGGGGAGACCCUUUUAAAGAGACAGAUCCUUUUAAAACCUCCUCUGAAGACUUCUUCAAAAAACCAACCAAGACAGAUCCGUUUAGCUCCUCAGAUCCGUUUGGGAAAAGCGCCACUCUCCCUUCAAAGACUUCACACUUCACCACCAGUGACCCCUUCAGCUCAGCCAGCCCCAAAGCUAAAGGAGCAGAUCUCUUCGGAACACUAGACCCAUUUGGGAGCAGCUCCUUUACAUCGGCCAGCAGCGCGGGGUUUGCCGACUUCAGCCAAAUGUCAAAGGUCAGACUCCCACAUUUUUCUCACCACCGAUUUCACUCAGUUAAGAUUAAAGCAGGUUUUGUGGAUGACCCUUUCAGCAGAAAACAGGAUACACCCGCUCUCCCUCCCAAAAAAAGCGUCCCUCCCCGACCCAAACCUCCGAGCGGUAAGAGCACGCCUGUAAACCUCCCCGGGUCAGGCGACUCGUCCAAACCCAACGACCCGUUCCAGCCUUUCGGCUCGGACGUCGCCGACCCGUUUCAGAGUAAAAAAGGGGUCGGCGACCCCUUCAGCGGCAAGGACCCGUUUGCCCCAUCGUUGACAUCGUCUUCGAGUAAAGCUGCUAGAGACUCUUCCAUGGGUUUUGCAGACUUCAGCUCUUUUGGGAACGAGGCGCAGCAGUUGGAGUGGGCGAAGCGAGAGAGUGAGCGAGCAGAGAGAGAGCGGCUGAAGAGGCUUCGGCAGCAGGAGCAGGAAGACCUGGAGCUCGCCAUCGCUCUGAGCAAAGCCGAGAUGUCCAACGCCUGACUGUGAAAAGCCUUCUCACCGCACCUGCCCCCUACCCUCUCUCCCCCUAAAACACACACACACACACACAAAACAAAGACAACCCCGCACUCCACACGUCCCCAGAGCCAACCCCCACCCCACCCCCCACCCCCCCGGCUAUACCCUCUCCGAUUCCCAAAUCUGCUUCUCCCAAAUCAAACUGGUUUUCGUUCUCCCCUCCCAACGUCCCACUGGUUUUUUCCUGCCCUGGGAAGCUGCUUUGGGCCUGUAGUAACCAAUCAGAGGCUGGAAGGAUCACAUGACUAAUUAUGGAGGUCUGGUUGCUCCUCAUCGAGGAGUUCUGCUUGGGGAAACAGACACGUGGUCACAAAUCUGGCGUUGAUGAAAAGAUGCAGUGGACCGAGGGUGGGGUCAGAGGUCAGUCAGCAGUGACCGGGGGGUUUGAGGGUUUUGGAGAAAGGACAGAUAGAGAUGCUCCUAACCAUCACUCUCUCUAUCUCUCUGUUUCUCCCGUUACCGUGGCGUUGGGUUUGAUGGGGGCUGGGCGGGGGAGGGGGGGCC